CCAGGCAACGGGAAUAACAGAGGCCCGCUGAGCGCGCGUGCGCGGCUGUCGGUUGUUGGCGGGUGUUUGGUCGGGAAAACUAAGUUUUGGAGUUUCCCCUGAGCAGAAACGGUCGCAGCGAGCCUCAGGUACACGGAAGGGCGGCAAGACAUGGGGUCAGCACCUAGACCUCUCAAAGGCCCGACGGACCGAAGAGCGAGGGCUUGUCCCCAAAGCGGAAUCUCCGGUGGGGGCGCCCCGGCUGACCCUUCAGGACAGAACUCGGCUUUCGCAUUCCAGAUCUAAAACCGGCAGCGGCCAGUUCAGGUGGUCCCCGCCUCUCAGGUUACAGACUUUCCUCCGUGUUCGCCGCGGGGACUCCUUGGGUGAGAGUUUGUCAGCCACGCACCUGCUGCAGGCUUCAGUCCAAGCCCUGAAUGGCUGGUCUCCGGUUGGCGCCGCCUCUGCCUGUGGGCGUUAUGCUCCCAUAUAAUAAAACAGAAGCUCCAAGGCUCCAUUCAGCUAAGCAAGAGCCCUAUGAAAAAGGUGACUCUCUCCAGCAUUCCUCUAUGGGGCACAUGAGGAACAAUUUCCAGCAGAAGCUUUUGAGUGAAGAAGAGCUGACACUGGAUAAUCUCUACACUCACCCCAAAUGGAACACCUGCACAAAAGCCCGAGGCUACUCCUAUCCCUGCUGUGCUGGAAUCAGCCAGCAAGAUUCGAGAAGCAAUCCCCAGGGCCAAACAAAGGGUUUGCUUUACUCAUCGGGCCUUCAACCCUGGUAUCCCAAAACAAAUAGCAAGGAAUUCAUCCCCUUUACAAAGAAGCGAGUUGGAGUGGACCGGGCAUACCCACUGAAACCUGUGUUUCAUCGGAAGUCCCAUCAUACGGGUGAGGCUGACACUGAUGGGGACCAGAAUGUCUCUCCAAGGCCCCCUGAGCCUAGAGAGUUUUCAUACAGUAACUUUGGUUCGAGAAAAUGGGUUUAUUCAUCUGUGAUUGGUACAGUUGCUGCCACUCAGGAAGAGAGGGUCAUGGCAAACCCCAACAGAACUGAGUGGAUGCAAAUCCAAAGACUAGAAGCUGCAGGGGAGAGCUUAGAAGAGGAAAUCCGAAGAAAAGAGACCCUUCUGAGGGAAAAGCUGAAGAAAACAGAGGAAGAACUAAGAAGGAUCCAGAAAGAAAAGGAACAGGCUGAGGAAAAUGAAAAAAGAGAGCUACAGAGAAUGGCACUCCCCAGCAGGAGAGUUAAAGGUAACAGCAAGACCACAUACAAACCUAUCUUCUCCCCAGAAUUCGGGUCUGAGGAGGUCUUCAGUAGAGACAAGGGAGGGGAUGAAACUUGGAGAUGGUGUCAAGAAAAUUCUGGUCCAUUCCAGGCCUCUGAGUAUGGAAUUCAGAAGCUCAAAAGGGAAAGCUUGAUGGCAAGCAAUAACAAAAUCCGAGACCGAGCCUCAGGGUCAUUGAAGGAGGAGAAGUUUUCUCAGGCUUCAGAAGUGCCACACAGUGCUUUUCAAGGAGCCACCAGCAAUUCUAGCUCGCCUAGGGCACCAGACUCCUCGGGUUCCAGCUGUUCCACUAAAGAGCCAGAACUGGGAGAGUGCAGCCACUGUGGACGAAAGUUUCUCUUGCUUAGGUUGGAGAGACACUCCAACGUCUGCAGCAGGAUGCAGGGUUCCAAGAGGAAAGUAUUUGACUCCUCCAGGGCCCGGGCCAAGGGCACAGAACUAGAGCAGUACUUGAACUGGAAGGGAACAGCCUCUGUCAAGGCUGAACCUCCUAGGAAGAGCAACUGGAGACAGAAGCAUGAAUCUUUCAUCCGUACCCUCCGUCAGGCUCGAGAGAUCCAGCAGGUAAUUGCCAAAGGUGGAAACCCCUCAGAUCUGCCUCCCAUUCUGCCUGCAGAAAAUCCAGACUAUAUUCAGUGUCCUCACUGUAGCCGCCACUUUGCUCCCAAGGUGGCUGAGCGGCACAUUCCCAAGUGUAAGACCAUCAGGAACCGUCCUCCGCCUCCAAGGAAGCAUUACAGUUGAGCAGACAGCAGUGGAAACCUCAAUAGUAAAGAAGGCUCUGCUUCUCUUCAGCAGUAAAUGGGAGUAAAAUAAUCUGAUGCAGAGCAGAAAGAACUGAAACUUUGACAUCUCCCAGAUCUGCCUGCAGAGCUGAAAUCAGUGAGGAGAGACCCACUGCUAAGCAGCAGGAGAUGGAAGGAAGCCUCAGCUUCCCAUUAAAUCACCACCUCAGGCUGAUGUGCCUUAUGUUAUUAUCCUAAGAACUGAUAGGUGAAGACACGUAAGAGUAGCAAGGAGUCUACAUUAAAGCUCUCCUCUUGCAAGCCUGACUUGUGGUUUGUGCUGGUUAAGUGCCUGCAUUUGCUGUGCUGUCUUGCCACUGCCUCUGCAUGUAUGUCUGUGAUUCCUGUUAACUCUUCUUGUUCUUGCAAGAAGUUGGCUUUUUAGGAUGAGCUGGUGUCAGAGGAUCAUGGUAUCUCUUGUAAAAAAUAAUACAAUUUUGCUGUAAGGCAAAUGACCUCUCUGGUACAUGGUCCUGGCCAAAAGCCAAUACAAGUAUGGAAGGUUAGGGCGCCAGUAUAUCCUAAACCCUCCCGAUGUACUGUGUAAUACAGUGAACCUCAUCUUUAUGUACUUUACAGGGUAGGGAUGGAGGAAAGCACAUUGUGUCUCUGUAGUUGUUCUUUCCUAAUGGAUUUCAUAUGUCAAAAAAAAAAA